AGCGUGGGAUCUCUCCUACAGGCCAUGUACGAGUUCAUGAAGAGAAGAGACAAGUUCUUCUCUGUUAUCUUACCGGCUGAUGAGGACCGUCGGAGCGCCUACUUCUCGCCAUACGCCUACGCACAGAGGCUGGAGGCCUUUGUGGUCUGGAGCCACGACCUGGUGGUGCAUCCUCGGGAGCCAACUUGCCCAUCACCGCUGAACACCAAGCACAAACACCACGGCCCAAAAGUGCUGUCCUUGGCGAAAUUGGUGAAUUCAGUGGGUGCCUCGUAUGCCACGGAGGAUCAGGCCCACCUGGUGAUGUCUCGCAUGAUGCUGACUUUCUCAUUGGCGGGAUUCUACUUCGACUUAGAACAGCCCAGUCCACGGCACCGUGGACACCCACAUCCACCGCUGCCCCGGGAGGUGGUGCUUGAUAGCGCCAGCUAUGUCGCAUACCACCAGAUAUGCGGAGACAAGCAAUGGAAUACGACCUACAACGCCGUGACUGGUUGCGUCGAGAUGAUCGGAGAAAACGGGUGGAUUUCAUACCCGGGAAGACCGCGGAGAGAGCUACUGUCAAAAGUGGCUGGAGCCAUGCUCUUCGACUUGGACAUGGACGACUACGAUGGAGUCUGCGGGAAGAAACAUGCGCUAACCAAGACUUUCUCGAACUUACUUAAUAUGUCGUGACGUACAGUCACUGCACUGAAAGGUCGUGCAGUCAUAUACCUUUAUUAACCGCGGAUAGUGAUUUAAUAUUGUGCGGGAGAAAAUUUGCAAUGCACACGUGUUAUUCAUAAAUUACUUAAGCAUCCUAAACUUGUACUUAAGAUGUCAUGAGUAUGAAGUUUGCGUUCACGUAAUUUUUCUCUUUUGUACGAGAUACUAAUUAUUGGCUCUCAUUUUAAUGCCAACCCUUGUCUCGAAAUUUAAAAGCAUUUUUACUGUUUUCCUCUAGAACGUGCAUGAAUGCAUGAAUUGGUUUUGUUCGAAAGGUGAAGCAUUUGCAGGAUAUUCUGAAUCUUAUUCGCAACCCCAAUGUCUUGUCAGGCGGCGCGCAGUGUAUUUGUCGAGUUUCUCAUCCGUACCUUAAACAAAUAUUAAUAUCGUGCUCCUCUCUCACGCAAAAGUGCGGAUAUUUGGGCGAUGUAGCAAUAAUACGCUGUUCAAUUUUAGAACGCGAGGAUGUUGGAUGAAGCAGCAUGGCAAUCACACAAAACACCACUUUAUUGUUUAUAUUCAGGCGGUGAAAAGGUCACAAAGCAUUAUCUGCCGCCACUGUAUAUUCGGUUACACUUUUUCUAUGUUUUAUAACUCAUGAAAGUGUCAUCAGUGCUCCAUAUAAACUGCAGCUUAAACAUUGUCAUUCAGGAACUUAUUGCAAGCAUUUCGCAGAAGCUGUCUGUAAUACACAAGUUUUUUAAUGUGCCUAAUGCCCGUAUACAGAAGAGAGGCCGCCCCUAUACUCUGGAAUCGCAAAGGCCUGAUUCACAACUUAGGUCACAUUAAAGAAUUAACAAGCAACUUUUCACCUGUAGCAUUUUGCAUAGAAUAAACAAACAUAGGCCCUGAGGAUAGUCAAUUCUCCAUAGGUUUUAUGUUGUCCGAAGGCACCGCGAACAUUCCAGCCGUCUGUAAGGAGCAGUCGCUGCAGUCGUGUAAGCCGGCACUCUUACUCGUAAUGUUCACUUAAACACUACUCCUGCAGUCGUAGCCGUCACUGUUUUGUCGUAUACAACGGUCAGCAUCUGUUCAAUAUACAUUCCUCCUCAUACCCGCAUUGAAAGUAGAGAGCCAGAAAAUUUAUUACAACAGUUGCCUGAGCCUAUUCCUUUAGUGGGAUAUUUGAUUGUCCAUUGUACAUGUUGGGGCAGUUAUAGAACUCACCGAAGAGGACAGCUUAUUGAAAAUUAUUUCAUGUAAUAAUAUUUAUCUCUUAAAGUCAGGUGAACAGACCCAUUUUCCUCCUACUUCAAGCAAUUUUAGUUGCUUGGAUUGAGCUUCUUGCUCACCAUGGGCUUUUAUUGAUAUUAAAUGGGAUGUCUUGGACAUCUUACAUGGCAGCGAAUAUUUACC